CUUCAAAUAUAUGUAAAAUAAAUUUAAAAUUCGGCCAGACCCAAUCAUUUCUGAUCGAAACCCAAAAAGAAAGCUUCUGUCAUGGCCAAACGCGACAUCCUGCCGGUGUUUCCCUCUCGGGCCAAUUCGGUGAUCAUGAAGCAGCGGGUUUUGGCAGCGAGGAGGGGGGUGGGUCUUCUGAAGCGAAAGCGGGAUGCCAUCGACAUGAAGCUGCGGGAGUUGCGGCGUCUUCGUUUCGACCAGGAUGAAAGGGGAGAUGAGAAAAUGCGACAUGCGAUCUUCUCGAUGGCGAAGGCCAAUCUCCUGGGAGCCGAUUUCAAGCCCCAAAUGGUGAGCCACAGCUACGUGGCAUCUGCAUUUCUGCGCCGCACUCAGAUCAAAAUUGUGGGCGUCAAGCUCAACUGCCUGGAACUGGAGACAAAAGGUGAAGGAGCCUUUCCCCUGGCGGGUCUCAGUUGUGGAGGGAUGCAGGUCCAGCGGAUCAGGGACUGCUAUACGACGGCACUUCGAGAUUUGACGGAGUACGCCUCCCUCGAAUACCAAGUGCGUAUGUUGGAGGCAGCCUCCCUGCAGACCAACAUGAGGGUCAAUGCCCUGGAGCAUGUGGUUAUACCCGUCCUGAUAAAUACCUAUAACUAUAUAUGCGGGGAACUCGAAGAGUUUGAGAGAGAGGACUUCUACCGCCUGAAACGCUCCCAGGCCAAGCAGCUGGAGGCCAAAAUGGCCUUUAGCGAGCUGAUCAAGACCAAGAACAUGACCGACGAACAGCUGGAGUCCUAUAUGAAGAAGACCAUAAGUCAGGCCCGUCCGGUGGUCGACACGCUGAUCGAUAUGGAUGAGUUCGACGAGCAGGAGGUGAAGAGGCGGGUGCGGGAGGCCCGGAUGUCCUUGCAAGUGCGGCGGGAUUUGGAGAAAAAGGAGGCGACUGAACGGGGCGAGAAUCGCCAGCCGACCACCUACAUCACCACCCGUAGCGCCAUGAGCAUGGUGGGUCGCCAGCGGGAUCCUCGGGCCAGCAUGGGCGAUCUGUACAGCACCAAGCGCCAGAUCCUCUCCAGCGUUUCGGAGAGAAAGUCCCUGGCGACGGUGAGCGAUAAAAGGUCUAGCAUGGCAUCAAGUAAAACACCAAGACCCAGUGAGGGAGAAUCUGUGAAAAAGUAAUUAAAUUCGGGAGUUACAAUGAUUAUUUUAGAUGAAUUUAAAAUAAUUAAGGUUUUGAUGGCAAAAUUGGAAUUUAUCUUUAAUUGAACUUCUUAAAUUUCAAAAGCUGCUAAGCACUAUAAAUAAACUUUAUAAAAGGUA